AGCAAACUGAACUGAUCAAGCAAGUUCAUUUUCAAAAAACAUCUGUGUCUGUGUUUGAUUUAAAAGAAUUAAUAAUAAUUAUUAUUAUAUAUUCUUAUUACGAAUUACGAUUACCUAUAGGUAUAACUUUUUGAUUUCAAAUUUUCAAUAAUUAUUUUUGUUCAAUUUCAUUUAGUUUCAAUUAAUUCUUGAAAUUUCUAUUUUCUAUGCUGUUCAUUGAAUUUAUAUGGCUGCCUAGUUUAUCACAUCAUUAUCGAAUUUAUGACUAACCUUGUUCGUCGUGGGCCUAAUACCAAAUUCCCAGGUGUCCUUGUGUUGGUGAGUCUUUGUUUCCGACUGUCUAAAUGAACGAGGAUAGUUUGCAACCCAACGGUAUACUACAACAGCCGUCACCUACUACAUCUAUUUACCAGCCAAUCGUACCUGACAUUGAGUUCGAACAGCCUUUAAGCGACAAUCUGGACGCCAAAGAUAGGGAAAAUCAACCACUACUGGGACGCAUGGAUCAUGCUCCGGGUUAUAAUCAUUUUCCUGAUGAUCCGGCAUUCAGUUAUGUUAUUAAACAAUCAGAAUUAGCUAUAGAUAAUAGCGUCUUCCCUGAACGUAUUUAUCAAGGGUCCAGUGGUAGCUAUUUUGUCAAAGAUACAAAUUGUAAAACUAUUGGUGUUUUUAAACCAAAAGAUGAAGAACCAUAUGGAUUGUUGAAUCCAAAAUGGAUCAAAUGGCUACAUAAAAACUGUUGUCCGUGUUGUUUUGGCCGUUCGUGUUUAAUACCUAAUCAAGGAUACCUGUCUGAAGCUGGUGCCAGCCUUGUAUCAGUUAAACUUGGAUUGAAUAUUGUACCAAAAACUAAGGUUGCAAAGUUGGUUAGUGAGACAUUCAACUAUGGACGUAUAGACAGAGAGAAGACUAGAAUGAAACAUGCUAUUAACGAUCAUUUUCCUAAAUUGGGACGGCGAUUUAAUAGACUUGGUCUUAGGCCCAAAAUAGGAUCCUUCCAAUUAUUCAUGGAAGGUUAUAAAGAUGCUGAAUAUUGGCUUAGGCGACUUGAAUUAGCUCCAUUGCCAUUAAAUCUUCAAUCCCGUUUUCAAAUUCAAUUUGAAAGGCUUGUUGUGUUAGAUUACAUUAUUCGAAACACUGAUCGAGGUAAUGAUAACUGGUUGAUUAGGUAUGAUCAACCGAGCUUAAGCACAAGCCCAAAUGCUAGCCUUACAAAUUCUACAGUCAGUGAAAGCUCAAAUGAAUGGAAUAGUGUUCAAGAACCAGACAUAAAGAUAGCAGCUAUUGAUAAUGGCUUAGCAUUUCCAUUUAAACACCCUGAUUCAUGGCGUGCAUACCCCUACCAUUGGGCAUGGCUUCCACAAGCAAAGAUUCCAUUCAGUAAGGAUACAAAAGAACUAGUAUUGCCUUAUCUGUCUGAUAUGAACUUUGUUCAAGAUUUGUGUGAUGAUCUUUACACUUUGUUUAAGAUAGACAAAGGAUUUGAUAGACAUAUGUUUGAAAAGCAAAUGAGUGUUAUGCGUGGACAGAUAUUAAAUUUAACUCAAGCUCUAAAAGAUGGUAAAAGUCCUGUACAACUUGUUCAAAUGCCAGCCGUUAUUGUUGAACGGUCUAAAGGUCAUGUGGGAACUACUUCCAAGUUUCGUUCAUUCAGUGAUACAUUUACUCAAAGAUUUCAAAACAAAAGUCCUUUCUUUUCCUGGUGUUAAAUGCUCUUUAUUUAUAAUACAUACAUUUUAAUAGUGGUCAGUGUAUUUUUAAAAUUUUAUUAUAAUUGCAAAAUUACAGCUAAUAGAUUUUUUAUGAAAUUUUCUUUAUUUUUGUUGCUUAAGUUUUUUGAUUAGUUAAUUGUUGGUUUUAAAUGUUUUAAUACAUACAUUGUCUGAUCAUCACAAUUACUAUUAAGAAAAUAUAAUCCUUGAGAUUUUAAAUUAAAAAUAUUUAAGUGAUUUUUUUUAUUAUGUGAUUUACUUCUGUUGAUAAUGAAGUAAAUCUCUUAAUUUUGCAUCUAGUUCUAGUCUCAAGUUAAUAUCCUAAUAAUUAAAUUAAUUUAUAUGUUAUACAUUGAAAAGAAUGUCAAAAUUGUGUGUAAUAUAUAAUAAUAGAAGGCUGUGGAUGUAAUAAAAAUAAUAACUUGAUAUUUUUUCGGAAAACAGGGAUAAACAGCCUAUAGUUAUUUUAAUUGUAUUUUUUUUAAAUUAAAAAUUAAGGUUGCAUUUGGAACUGAAGCAAUAUAUUAUAUUAAGCAUUUGUUUAAAUCAAUUCUAUAGUUCUGUAAGUCUGAGGCAAAACAUUGCAAUUAUUCUGCAGUUGAUAACUGAUAUUUUAUAUUUAAUUCAGUUCCUAGUUCAAUCGUAAUUUGUUAUUUACAUUUAUUUUAUAAGUUAUUUUUCUGCAUUGUAGUUUAAUAAUAAUUAUUUUUUCAUUCCACCAUUAAUUUCUAAACAUAUUAUUGUUAUUUAUACUCAAACAUUAAAUAAAAUAUUAAACAAAAAUAAAAAAA